UUCGAUUCCCGUAAGUGUAGCUGCUCAAAAUAACAAACGCCGAUCUCGGACUUCUCCCCGAAUUGCACUCUCCGCCGAUAAGAUAAAUCUUGACCCCUCUUAACUUGACUCACCCUCUCUACCUCUCCUCCCUGCGUCUCCAUCUCCAACCAACCACCUCAUCUAAAUCCCCCAACCCUUUCAAAAUGGGUGCCUUCUACGAGACCAUCCCUCCGUCCGUCCUAAAAUGGAUUUUAGAACAGAAAGUCUUCUGGGUAGCCACGGCGCCCCUCUCUUCCACAGGCCACAUUAACAUCUCCCCAAAAGGUGGGCAAUACUUCGGGAUUCUCAACCCGACGACAUUCUGGUACUUAGACUUGACGGGUUCUGGGAUCGAGACGUUGAGUCAUUUGCAUGAAGAGGGGAAUGGGCGAAUUACGGUGCUGUUUAACGCUUUUGAGGGGCCGCCGCAGAUCGUGAGGUUAUGGGGGAAGGGUGAGGUGUUGGAGUAUGGGUCGAGGAAAUUUAAUGAUUUUGUGGGGGAGAAUAUGGUGGAUGCGAUUGCAGGGACGAGGGCGGUGGUAUUAGUGCACAUUCAUCAAGUGGGGAGUAGCUGCGGGUUUAGUAUGCCGUUCUUUGAUUUCAAGGCUUUCAGACCAACGUUGAAUGAAUUUUUUGAGAAGAGGGUUGCGGCGGACAAGAGGGGGAAUCAUAAGGAUGGGAUUGAACGAUAUUGGGCGUUCAAGAACGCACAAAGUAUGGAUGCCCUACCAGGGAUGCGAAGAGGCGUCGAGACGGCAAAGAGAGAGAAUGUCAAGCCGAUCAAGAAGAUGGUGGGGCCAUUUGCUCCGAAAUCAGAAUACCCUCGCACGAGAGUAGCGGGGAAAGCGCCAAUACUGUAUUUGGUUAUUGUUGCGCUUUUGAGUUUCUGUAUGGGUAUUUCAGGCGCAGCCUUGGUUGGUGUUCAGCUGGGGUACCUGCGAAGUUGAAUCGAUCUUGUUAGUCCUGUUUAUAGAGAUGAGGGAUGCGGAAAGUAUCAAGUAUCAAAACUCAGGGUUCUUUCUGGUAUGUUGGUUUGUCAGUGGAGAACGUCUCGAAUUUUUCCGCAUUCGAAUCAUCCCGCAUGGCGAAGGUCUGAAGGCCCACAACGUUCACGUCUAUAAAACAAGGAUAUGUGCCACACUGCAAUCCUCUCGGUUUCUGGCCCUCACCACCUUGUCUUUAACGAUAUGUUUUAUCAAGGUUGUUUAGCACAGCUCUUCCGAAGGCUAUAUCCAUAAAGCAGAUAUAUAGAGAUUGGCACGGGGAAAUGCUGUGGUGAUAGCUAAGAAUUAUUAGCCGUCUGAAUAGUGAG